AUGAAGGCUCUCUGUCUGCUGGCUCUCCUCGCCUGCGUCCUUACCACAGGACAAGGCAAGAUCUUCAGCCGCUGUGAACUGGCGCGGAGCCUCCAGCAACUGGGGUUAAACGGCUACGCUGGCUACAGCCUGGCUAACUGGGUCUGCACGGCGUUUCACGAGAGCAGCUACAAUACCGAUGCCACACACUACAACAACUAUGAUGGAAGCACUGACUUUGGGAUCUUCCAGAUCAACAGCCACUACUGGUGCCAGUAUGGUGAUGAGCAAAGCUCUAACAUCUGUGGAAUUCAAUGCUCCGAACUGCUGACAGAUAACCUCGGUCCAUCCGUGGCUUGUGCUAAGCUUGUGGUCAGAGACUCAGCAAAUGGAAUGGGUGCUUGGGUGGCCUGGAGAAGCUACUGCCAGGGUGAGAACCUGUAUCAGUACAUUGAGGGAUGUGACCUAUAG